AUGGCGGCGCUGGAACACCGCCGCAGCCCUCCCGUCCUAGGUUACUUCCGCGAAGCUCUGGACGGCAUCCACUUCCAGCCCACCACGGAUGCCCCCAAUCGCGUCCCGCAGGGCCGCUUCUCCCCCUCCCCCAUCGGCGGCGACGGCGACCGCGGCACGCUCCUCGGAUGCCGCCACGGCCUCGUGCUAAUCCUCCACUCCUCGAAGGACGACCAGGUCCUGGUCUGGGACCCCGUCACCGGCGACCAGCGCCGCGUCGCCACUCCCCCGGGGUUCGACGUGCAAGAAACCCCCUUCGACGGGGCGGUGCUCCGUGCCGCCGGAGGCCACUUCCAGGUGGUGCUGGUAGGCUACAAGCAGAAAAGGAACCCACGAGCGGUCGCCUGCAUUUACUCGUCGGAGACCGGCGUGUGGGGCAAUCUCCUCUCAACACCGGUUCCACGCGACGCCGCGCGGUACCAAGCCAUGCCCGCCGUGCUGGUCGGGGGUUCCCUUUACUGGCUGUGCUCAAGUGUGAUUCUCAAGGUGGAUUUGUGCGGGCAGGGCCUAGCGGUGAUACAGGUGCCGGCGGAUAUGUCCGCCCGUGACAAAUACUUGGUGCGAGCGGAGGGUGGCGGGCUGGGUUUGCUCUCUUUGUCGGAACACACCGCCCAGUUAUGGAAGAAUGCCGAUGGUGUUUCUUCGUGGGUGUUGGGAAGAACUAUUGAGCUGGGCAGGCUACUUUCUCUCGAUUCAAAGAGGGAGACAAGCUACAUACAGAUGAUAGGGUACGCCGAGGAAAACAAUGUGGCUUUCUUGCGGACAGUUGCCGGUAUCUUCAUGGUCCAGCUUGAGACAUUGCAGUUCAAGAAACUUCCUGAAAACAACAACUGUGUUGUCUGUCAUCCGUUAGAAGCCGUCUAUGCUGCAGAAGCAAGCACUGGUGGUGGACAUGAUGCCCUAGAAUCCACCGCCUCUCCCAUGAGCGCUCAGGCUGGCAAGAUGACGGUGCUGGAAUACCGCCAUAACCCUCCGGUCCUCGGUUUCUUCCAUGAAGCUGUUGACGGCAUCUGCUUCCAACCUACCAUGGAGGCCCCUAAUCGUGUCCCGCAUGGUCGCUUCUCCUCUCCCAUCGGUGACGGCGACAGCGGCAUGCUCCUUGGAUCCCGCCAUGGCCUCGUACUAAUCUUCCAUUCAUUGAGGGACCAGUUCCUGGUCUGGGACCCCGUCACUGGCGACCAGCACCGUGCUGCUGCACCCCCAAGGUUUGACGUGCACCAAACCCCCUUUGAUGGGGAGGUUCUUCGUGCUGCUGGAGGUCACUUCAAGGUGGUAUUGGUAGGGUACAAACAAAAAAAGAAUCCACGAGCGAUUGUGUGCUUUUACUCGUCAGAGACUGGCGUAUGGAGUAAUCUCAUUGAAACACCUGUUCCACGCGAUGCCGCGGGGUAUCAAGCCAUGCCUGCUGUGCUGGUCGGGGAUUCGCUUUACUGGCUGUGUUCAAGUGUAAUUCUCAAGGUGGAUUUGUGCAGGCAGAGCGUAGCUGUGAUACAGGUGCCAGUGGAUAUGUUUACUGAGGACAAGUACUUGAUGGUUAUGCGAGCUGAGGGUGGUGGGCUGGGUUUGCUCUCUUUGUCAUGCACCGCCCAGUUAUGGAAGAGGAAUACUGAUGGUAAUGGUGUUUCUUCGUGGGUGUUAGGAAGAACUAUCGAGCUGGGCAGGCUGCUUUCCAUGGAUUCGAAGAGGGAGACAAGGUCCAUACAUAUGAUAGGGUACGCCGAGGAAAAUAAUGUGGCUUUCUUUCGGACAGUUGCCGGUAUCUUCAUGGUCCAGCUUGAGACAUUGCAGUUCAAGAAACUUCUCGAAAACAACAACAGUCUUGUCUGUUAUCCAUUAGAAUCCUUCUAUGCUGCAGAAACAAGCAUUGGUGGUGGACAUGAUGCCCUAGACUCUGUUGACUCCCCUAUGAGCAUUAGCGCUUCUGCCGGCAAGAUGACGGCGCUGGAACACCGCUGCAACCCUCCCGUUCUUGGUUACUUCCGUGAAGCUAUUGAUGGCAUCCACUUCCAGCCUACCAUGGAGGGCCCAAAUCAUGUCCCGCGUGGCCGCUUCUCCUCUCCGAUUGGCGACGGCGACAACAGCAUACUCCUCGGAUGCCGGCAUGGCCUCGUACUAAUCUUCCACUCAUCGAGGGACCAGAUCCUGGUGUGGGAUCCUGUCACCGGCGAGCAGCACCAUAUUUCCACCCCCCUAGGAUUUGACGUGCACCAAACCCCGUUCGAUGGGGCAGUGCUUCGUGCUGCUGCAGAGCACUUCCAGGUGGUAUUGGUAGGCUACAAACAAAAUGGGAAUCCACGAGUGAUCGUCUGCAUUUACUCGUCGGAGACUAGAUUAUGGAGUAAUCUCAUCGAAACACCGGUUCCACGCGACGCCGUGGAGUAUCAAGGCAUGCCAGCUGUGCUGGUCGAGGAUUCCCUUUACUGGCUGAGUUCAAGUGUGAUUCUCAAGGUGGAUUUGUGUAGGCAGAGCCUAGAUGUGAUACAGGUGCGAGUGGAUGUGUUUGCCAAAGGCAAUUACUUGAUGGUUAUGCGAGCAGAGGGUGGCGGGCUGGGUUUACUCUCUUUGUCAGAAUGCACUGCCCAAUUAUGGAAGAGGAAUACUGAUGCUGAUGGUGUUUCUUCGUGGGUGUUGGGAAGAACUAUUGAGCUGGACAGGCUACUUACUCUGGAUUCAAAGAGAGAGACAAGGUACAUACAGAUGAUAGGGUACGCUGAGGAAAAUAAUGUGGCUUUCUUGCGGACUGCUGCUGGUAUUUUCAUGGUCCAGCUUCACUCAUUGCACUUCAAGAAACUUCUCGAAAACAACAACAGUGUUACCUGUUAUCCAUUAGAAAGUGUCUAUGAUGCAGAAAAAAGCAUUGGUGGUGGACAUGAUGGAGCUGAUCAACACAUGCUAAUGUAGUGGUUGAGUGGGCAAGCUUAUCUUAUGAAUGUACAUUGAGGUAUCCACAGUGGUGAAGCUAAUGUUUAGUGUUUGAGUCAUAUAAAGUCACGUUCCGGUGGCUGAGACGCAGAAGUGGCUCGUUUACUGGGAUCCAGAGUUCCAGACAAGAUGCACCAAGUCAGCUGUGGUGUGGACUAAUAGGAAUUAAUCGCUUAUUUUGCCCAGUCCUGUCUG